AUCUUCUAAAUUUUGUUUUCUUUGUUCUGUUUUCAAUAUGCCACUUUUUAGCAGCAUAACUUUCCUUUUCUGUGAAUGGAAAAGUCCUUUAUUUUUAUCUGUAUCCUUUCUCAUUUUGUAUGGCAAUCAAAAGAUAAAUUGUGUCAGACUGCAUUAAAGGAUGCAUGCAUUCAGCUACUUCACAAUAGUGUUGGCAUACUGUAUUUAUAUCCCCACAACAAUAAAAGCUGGACAUUAUUUUGAUUCAAGUGUUUCAGCAUGGAACUAUGCCCUUUCGGAUAGGUUUUUCCCUUUCAACGGUGCUGAUGCACCAAAAAAUGUUUCGGCUGAUGAAUGGGAUAUUGAAGAAGGCUGCAAGUGUAUGAAUGGGAGAUGCGAGAAGUUGUGUGUGAAAGAGAGGAACGGAGUGUGCCGCAAAACUUCGAAUGUUUGCGUUUGUGGUCCAGAAUAUUUUAAAGCCAACGACGAGACUUGCAUAAAUUGUGAAUGUGGAAAAGGCUUCAAUUGCACAUUUUACCAUGUGACAAGAACUUGCACCUGUCCAGAAGGUUUUUACAUCCGCGACGAUAAAUGUGCAGCUCUAUGCGAUGAAAGUCAUCCCUGCCAAAACGGAGGCAAGUGUAUCGACGGCAAGUGCCAGUGCAAAACGGGAACUUCUGGGGCAUUCUGCGAAUCCCCUGACAGGUGUGAAGCGACGUGCAAUCAGCCACUUUUAGUGGAAUGCGUUUACAAUGAGGAGAAGGAAGAUGUUUAUUGUCUCUGCAAAAAUAGAUCUCUGGUGUACGAUUUCGAGCUAGGAAUUUGCAAACCCUGCCUAUGCGGAGCGGGCCUCUGCGAGAGUAACAAUGGUACAUUGAUAUGCAACUGUGAUCCCGGAUAUCAAGAAUUCAAUGGGCAAUGUAGAUCAUGCAACUGCGGCAAUGGUGGGAUAUGUGAGAUAUCCAGAAGAGGGGAAAAGAUUUGCAAAUGCAAAGAUGGAGAUUUUGCAAGGGAAGGAAACUGUAUUCCUUGCGACUGCGGGCACAAAGAUGCCAAAUGCAAGACGAACAAGGAAAGCAGGAAGGAAUGCAUUUGUCCCUAUGGUUUUGAAGACAUUUUGGGGCAGUGCAUAAAGAUGAACAAAGAUGACAGGCGAUGCCUGUGCCAUCCAACAGCUAACUGCGUCGAGACGAGUGACGGUGAAUUCAAUUGCACGUGCAACGAAGGAUAUAAAGGAAGAGUUCACGAAGUCCCACAAGUUGGAGAAGAAUGCAUUGAUAUUGACGAGUGCAAAGAUUCCAAGACAUGCCCAGACAGAGAGACUACAGAAUGCUUCAACUUCGAUGGAUCUUACAUGUGUCGCUGCAAGACUGGUUAUCAGCCCGUCGGUACAUCUUCCGAUCCUCGCAAAACUGCAUGUCAAAAAUAUAAAAUAUCCUGGACGCCCACGGGGGUUGCCAUUGGUAUUAUCAUUGCCUUCAUCGCCAUUUCAGUGGGAAUCUUGCUAUUCUUAAAGCACAGGUCAAAAUUAUUUUCAUCCUCAGCAGGGAUAGAGAUGCAAUACGCCGAUCUUAAAAGGUGAUUUCUAAAGUGAAAAAAUUAGAUGGAACUUUUCAUAGAGUAUUAUAAGGCAGUUGCCCUUUAUUGAAAGAAUUCUCACAAAUUCAUAAAAAAAAAAAAGAUAGAGAGAGAAAAGAAAAACGUUUCUGGAAUAAGAGGCUUACCUAAAAAGUAAUAGAAGUCAGUUUAUUUUUUAAUAGAACCAUAUAAAAAAUUACGGGAGAACUAUAUUCGGCUAAAAUAUUUCAUAAUGUAAUGUAGGAGCCAAAAAGCACAAUAAAGAAACUGAAAAAAUGCUGUGAAAUAAAGACAUGCCUUUGGUUUAGAA